UGUUCUGCAACUUUCUUAUCGUAUUGCUCAUUUCCGGAAGCCUUCAGUUGCUCCGCAGAACGCGAUCGAGAAUGGUUCAGUUUGUGAUAAAAUUGUGAGAUCAUCGGUUUAUUUGCGUUCAAAUCUUUAAAAAUAGUUGUUUUAAGGCCCGAUCACGUCUUGGCCACUUUUUUUUAAGUUUAGCGCCCUCUGACAAUGACCGGAUGCGACAGAUGUCACCGUCGUCUUGGCGACGGCGGCCCCACCAAAACCGAUCUUCGCUGGACCCUGCUAAUUAUGCUCGUUUUGAUAGUGGGUCAAUGCAGCCCGCAGAUGGCGGGCGGCGGCCGCCGCCGUAACCGGAGCGAACGGUGCCCCAGGGUUCGCGCGAUGCGCAACUUUGACCUGCCGGCCAUGAUGGGCAACUGGUACGUCAUCCAGUACUUUGCCUCGUCCGAAACGCUGCCGGAGUACUCGUGCAUGCGCAGUUCCUUCACCACGACGGACGGGUUCGUGACGAUGAACUUCACCUACUACUACUCGGACGACCCGCUCCGGAACUUCCAGCAGGGCAACAUAACCUGGGUCAUUCCGAACUUUGCCCAGCCGGCGCACUGGAUUCACGCCGAGUUUACCUACGAGGAGAUCUACAACACGUACGUCAUCGACACCGACUACAAGUCCUGGGGCCUCAUCAUGCACUGCGCCGAGAAGACCAAGGCCCAGAAGUACCUGUCGGCGCUGAUGCUGUCCCGGACGCCGGACCUAACCCCGAAUGUGGUCAACUUUUUGCGCGAGAAGCUGCCGCGGUACGACAUCGAUUUGAGCACCAUGUUUGGCAUCCCGCAGGGCAAUUGCAGCGCGUUGGAGGGGGAGCAGGACCCGAAGAAGUACUUCAAGUACGAAACCUUGUGAAAUGUUGAAUGGUUAUGUAAAUAAAAAAUGUAAUUUUUAAAGAUUGAUGAGUAAUUUGGUAUAACAGUGUAACGAAACGUCAAAACAAAACAAACUAAAUUUGGUUAGGCGAAUUUUCAAUCAUUUUCAGUUUCUAUCAAAAGUUCUAUCAAACAACUGCAAUUUUGAAAUAUAGUUGAGUAAUUCAGUGUUAGAGUGCAAUGAAACGUCAAAAUAAACACGCUUAAUUAGGCUAGGCAAACUUUUAACCUUUUU